CCUGAUGAAUGAAAAUAUUUACAGGUACAACUAAUGUUCUAUUCCAGACUCCAUUGUGUUCAAGGACCUGCAGAAGAGGUUCAGGGUCAGGUGCCACUGCUUUGAAGCCGUCCGCUCCUCGAGCCUGGCACUGCCGGAGCACGAAUGUUUAGGACUUCUGGGACAAAAUGGCGCCGGAAAAUCAACCACUUUUAAAAUGCUAACAGGGGACCACAUGGUGUCCGGGGGAGACGCCUUUGUCAAGGGUUACAGCAUUAAAUAUAAUAUGAAGAAAGUAAGCCCUGGGGGAUAUUAUCGCUAGGCCAUACCCUUUACCUUCAUGAUUCAUUUUAUCUCUGGUGUUGUUGAACCGUUGAUCCCUAACGUCAUUCACAAUUUAUCCCUACUAUCUUUACUAGUUAUCCCUACUAGCAUUCACCAGUUAUCCAUACUAUCAUUCACCAGUUAUCCUUACUACCAUUACCAGUUAUCCCCUGCCAUCAUUCACCAGUUAUCCAUACCACCAUUCACCAGCUAUCCCCUACCAUCAUUCACCAGCUAUCCAUACUAUCAUUCACCAGUUAUCCCUACUAUUAUUAGCAGUCAUCCCUACUAUCAUUGCCCAAGUAUCUGUAUUAUCAUUGCCUGGUUAUACCUAACUCUCAUUCUAUAGUCUUAUCUUUACUUUCUUUAUAACUAUCCCUACCAUCAUUCACCUGUUAUACUAUACCUAUUAUCAUUACCAGUUUUCCCUGCUAUCAUUUCACCAGUUAUCCCUAAUAUCAUUCACCAUUCUCAACCUUACUAUAACUAUAUUUUAGUUAUCCCUGCUACCUUGCACCAGUUAUCCCUACUAUGAUGCUCCAGUUAUCCUACUAUCAUUCAUCAGUUUUAUCCUUAUUGUUAUUGUAAUUUACAAUGCAUCCCUAAACUUUUUCACCAGUUAUCCUAACUAUCAUUCAUCAAUCAUACCUACUAUUCUUGCCAAAUAAACAUUGGUAUCAUUGCAUAGUUAUCCCCACCAUCAUUCACAAUGUAUCCGUUCUAAAACACACUUUUUAUCAGUCCCUACUUCCAGUCACUAUAAACCCAUCAGCCUAUCAUCAUGCAAAUUUUGGGAUCUAGUAUCAUUCAUAAUAUCUGUACUGUGAUUCUAAUGUUAACCCCCAUUUAUAUCCACUCUCCAGAUCCAUGCCAUGAUGGGCUACUGCCCCCAGCAUGAUGCCCUACAUGGCACACUUACGGGGACGGAGACCUUGUAUCUCUACGGUAGACUGAGGGGCGUGCCUGAAGAAAGCUUGAAGCCAGUCACCGAUGCCAUCAUUGACUUUGUAACGCUCCGGCCUCAUGAAAACAAGCUGACUGUCAACUACAGGUAAAUAUUACCUAUAAAAACUAGCUGUCAACUACAGGUAAAUAUUGCCUAUAAAAACUAGCUGUCAACUACAGGUAAAUACUGCCUAUAAAAACUAGCUGUCAACUACAGGUAAAUACUGCCUAUAAAAACUAGCUGUCAACUACAGGUAAAUACUGCCUAUAAAAACUAGCUGACAACUACAGGUAAAUACUGCCUAUAAAAACUAGCUGUCAACUACAGGUAAAUACUGCCUAUAAAAACAAUGAUUGAUUUGCGGAGGUGAGAAACCCGAUUUUAUAAGAACCAGCUAUGAGAAAGCUUGAAGUAUAAAACAGUGCAAUGGACCUAUCGCCUGAGAACCUUCUUGUUGUUCUGUCAGCCGAAGAAGGUUCUCAAACAUGUGUACAAACCUAAUUAAACGUACGACAUUUUCUCAUCCCCAUGUCAGCGGCGGCAAUAAAAGAAAGCUGUCUGUUGGGCUGUCCAUCAUCGGCGACCCCAUGUUCAUCAUGUUAGAUGAGCCCACGGCCGGGAUGGACCCGGUGGCUCGGAGAGCGCUGUGGAAGGUUCUACACUUGAUCAGAGCAUCGGGCCGGACACUGGUGCUGACUUCUCACAGGUAAGUUGUGUAACAGGCGGGUUUCUUUUUGGUGACAUUUUCCACCUACGGGUUAGUUAACAUUCAUAUUAGUUUUGGCAGUAUGCAGUUUGACACUGUUAACAUUCAGUCUAGUAGUUAAGGUUAGCAGCUGUACACAGUUAACAUUCAGUCUAGUAGUUAAGGUUAACAGUUGUACACAGAUAACAUUUAGUCUAGUAGUUAAGGUUAACAGUUGUACACAGUUAACAUUCAGUCUAGUAGUUAGGGUUAACAGUUGUACACAGUUAACAUUCAGUCUAGUAGUUAAGGUUAACAGUUGUACACAGUUAACAUUCAGUCUAGUAGUUAAGGUUAGCAGUCGUACACAAUUAUAAUAAAAAUAGCUCCUGACUGUAAAUGGUGGCCGUCCAGGAUUUGGGGGGGGGGGGGGGGGUGGUUUAGCCUGGGGCAGUAGCACUAGUGUCAAAGAUUGAUACACACAUACACAAACAGAAGUGUCAAAAUUCGCCAUAAACAAAGAAAUUUAUAAAAAGUGACAAUUGUGCCAACUGCGCUGUCAAUGAGGAAUUUUAAGAUGACAGAAAACUGUUAUUCUGCUUCCCUCCUCUCCCCCCCCCCUUUUUUUUGGGGGGGUGGGGUUGUAUCAAUAUAAUAUGUAUACAAAAAAAGUCAAAAUAUCUAUAACCCCCCACACACAUACACUGUUGCAUGUUUCCUUUUUUUUUUAAACCCCCCUUUGGCAGUGGUUCUCAACCUUCCUAAUGCCGCGACCCUUUAAUACAGUUCCUCAUGUUGUAGCGGCCCCCAAUCAUAAAUUUAUUUACGUUGCUACGUCAUAACUGUAUAUUAUAUGUGUUUUCCGAUGGUCUAAGGCGACCCCUGGGAAAGGGUCAUUCAACCCCCAAAGGGGUCGCGACCCACAGGUUGAGAACCGCUGCCCUAUGGGUACGUAUAAUGAGCUUUCAAAAAAAACACAAUUUUUUUUAACAACAUAAUUAUGUUGUUGCAGUAAAAGAAAUGUGUUCCAGGUUUUCAAGGAAGUUUGGCGAGCCCAGUGGCUCGCAAAAUAUGCGACACUUCACCUUGGGUAGCCCCGUUGCUCUUGGGCAGGGCUAUAUGAAUGGGGCAAUCCUUCAUUUGCUAAAACGUGAUAGCUCACUUGAAGAAAUGUAUUUGUUGGCAUUUGACACAGCGUGCCUGGUGAACACCUAAGUUUGGCAAGGGCUCUGAAAGUAUUUUUUUUUAAAUUUUAUGAACCACUAGUUUAGUCGAACAAAACUAACUAAAUACGUCAUGCAUGUCGAACAUACUAAAGGCCACCCCCCCCCCCCCNCCCAUAAAUUAUGACACCCUAUUUUAGAUGAUCCCCCCCCCCGCCCCCAUUUUUCGGCAGAAUUUUGUAACACAAAUUAGAUAAAUGUACCAUGCUUUAAUUACACUUCAUCACAAUUACGUUGAUACACAAGCACACACUUCCCCAUAAUGCCUUAUGUCGUUUAUGAUGCGUAGGUACUGUGUGGAUGGGCCCCUUACACAACCUUUGUUACUAAAAAAAACUCAUGAAAUGAUGAAGUGCUUCUGGCUUGUGUUGUAUCUCUACAAUGAUCAUUUGAAUUAACUCCACACAUGACUUUAAGGCAAACCUAAUCUACUGUAAAGCAGUACACAUGAGAGAUUACCAACUUGACAUUUCUGCCCCCAGCAUGGAAGAAUGCGAGGCACUGUGCACUAGAAUAGUGAUUAUGGCAAAGGGGAAAAUUCUCUGCCUCGGGAGUCCCCAGCAUCUCAAGAACAAGUACGCCCAGGGCUACACUGUCAUCCUUCGGGCUCAGGUGGAUGAACAGGGCAGAGCACAGCCCUUGGGUUAUGCCAAGGAUUUUAUUGUUCAAACAUUUCCCAAAACACAGGUGAGACAUUGAUGAGAGCAGGUGAGACUUUAAUGUAUACAGGGGAUACAUUGGUGAACACAGGUGAGAAAUUGAUGAACACAGGUGAGACAUUGGUGAACACAGGUGAGACAUUGAUGAACACAGGUGAGAUAUUGGUGAACACAGGUGAGACAUUGGUAAACACAGGUGAGACACUGAUGAACACAGGUGAGACACUGAUGAACACAGGGGAGACGUUGAUGAACACAGGUGAGAUGUUGUUGAACACAGAUGAGACAUUGGUGAAUGCGUGAGGCAUUGAUAAACGCACAGGUGAGACUUUGAUGAGCAUAACUACUGAAAUGAAAGCUUAUAUAGGUCUUCUACUCUUAUCUUAGGAGUCCUAGUCCUAUAUAGGACUUCCUAUCUACUCGCAUUUCCAUCUAGAAAAUGAUUAUUUUACCGUAAAUAAUUAAAAGAAUAAAUAUUUAAAAGUAUGUGUACAGUAUACUGCGAAAAUCCUGCAAAAAAUCUACAAAGGGCUGAGGACGCAUAAUGUGAAUUAGGUAGUUAUUACUGUAUUUGAUUUUUUAUAUAUUUUUUGUAAAUUGUUCAUUUUCUACUAAUUUACCAGGUAUUUGCUGUCCAAGAAGCGUACGUUCACCUGCAAGUGCCAGACACUGUGCCCCUGUCCACGCUCUUCUCUAAACUUGAGUUUGCGAGGCAAACAUAUCAAUUUCAAUUCUACACUGUCCAACAAACGAGCUUGGAACAAGUUUUUCUCAUGUUCAUGAAGGAUGUUUAGAGAAUUUGCGUUUCAUUACCAAGCAGCUGAAUAGCAGAAAACAUCACCAACGUUGCAAUGUUAUUAACAAAGUAAACACUGUGUGUGGAUGUAAUUGUUUUGCAGCGGAUGUUACUUGGCCGAAUUUUUUAAAUUUCAACUGGGUCAGAACAGGAAACCGAAACUAAAAUUUAAUGUUUACAAUGAAAGAACAUUGUUGAUGUAUUAAGAUGCCAACACUUUACUGUCACACACAAGGUUGACCUCAAGCCCAUACAUGCAAUAUAGUUUUUUCCCUUAUAAUGAAUUGAUACAUGACCUAAAAAAAAUGGAAAGAUCAAAAGAAAUAAAUCCAAUUUAUUUAGAAUUGUUAAUGAAUGUAAAAUAUACCGG